AUGACAAGAAAUCUUAAAUUUUUACCGCCCAUAAAAUUGGAUAAUCGACCGAGAUCAUUCAGUUCAGCAUCAUUAGCGAUAUCAUCUUCAGCAAUUACUUUUGGUCUAACACCAUUCGUAUUCGAAUAUGAUGAUCCUAUAUUAAAAUUAUUCAAUAAUCCAGAUAAUUAUGAUGUCGAGUUUAUUGUCGAUAAUAGAAGUAUAUUGGCUUGUAAAUGUCAUCUAAAAAAGGAAUCAGAAUAUUAUAGUCGAAUGUUUUCGGGUGAUUGGAAAGAUGCUAAUAAGGUGAUUAUUCGUAAUUAUAGCUAUAAAGCUUAUAGCUUAUAUUUACGUAUGUUACAUGAAGAGUUCUACGGAUUCCAUAUCUAUCAAUCCAAUAUAGCUGAACUUAUUGAUUUGGCACAUUGUUAUAAUGAUGAACGAUUAAUGAAACAUUGUCGAGAAUUCAUACAAAAGGAACUGACUCAGCGGACAUUAUUCACUUAUCUUCCUUUGAUCGACAAAUAUGAACUUGAUGAGAU